UUUCGUGAGGGAACUGGUAACUGUGAUGGGUUUCACCACUCAAAAGGUGCUGAUGCUGGGCAGCCUCAGCUCUAUAGCUGUCUCAAACGGAUUCCUCUUCGCACAAACAACAGGAAUGCUAAAAAGCUUGCAGAGAAACGAAGAUGGCUUGAAUCUUACCGAGAGCAAUAUACUGUGGUUAACCUCUACUAUUUCAAUGAUAUUCUUUCUUGGCUCCUUUUUGACAACUUUAAGUGACAACAUGGGAAGACGCUGGCCAUUGAUGAUAUCCUCAGUAGCAAUAGUUGUGCAAUGGAUUAUUUUAUACAAGGCACAAAAUAUAUAUCAUUUUAUGCUGUCAAGGAUCAUCGCUGGCAUUGCUUUCGGAGCUAGAUACUGUUUAAACAUACUGGUGACACCUGAAUAUACUUCCCCAAAAACCCGAGUUUUUUUCCUCAAUAUAGUAACAUCAGUGUCGCCAGCUAUUGGCACUGGGCUGGGCCACUACUUGGGCAACAUCUUCCACUGGAGAACUGUUGCUUUGAUAUCAAUUUUCCCAACGCUUUUUGGUGUUAUUGUGCCUUAUUUUUGCGUCGAAAGUCCUCAUUGGCUGGCCUCGAAAGGCAGGUUCCAGGAAUGUGAGGAGAGUUUCAGAAAAAUCCACGGAAACAGCUUAAAAUCCGAAUCAGAACUGCAACAUCUAAUAAAAAUGGAAAAGAGCAAACUGAGACAAGCUGAAAUCACCAAUACGAGGACCAGUAAAGCAAAAUUAUGCUUCGCAUUAAAGAAGAAGUACUUCUGGAAUCUAAUAUUACUGAGUUUUGUUAUAACCUCGUAUAUUGCGGCUACUGCUAAAGUUGCAUUCACAAUCUUAGCAUCAAACAUUCUUGAAGACAUGACUGGGACUCCUAAUAUUGUUCUUUAUAACGUUCUAGUAGAUAUUUUUAUCCUGGUAGGCACCAGUUUAUCCUGCGUUCUGGUGAGGAAAAUGACGAUACGUAAUGUGUUAUUUUCCACUGGAUUUAUGGGCAAUGCUGUUUUGGUAAUUCUGAGUGCUUGCCUUCACUUUGGAGCUGGUGUAGAGAACCUGCGGUGGGUAAAUGUAUCGUUGUUGGCAGUGUACUUCAUUUUAAUGGAAGCGGGUCCCUCCCCAGUACUAGAGGCUUUAUUAGGGGAGAUCUUUCCCUUAGAAAUAAAAGUGUACUGUAUGUUUCUCGUCGGCGUUAUGAUAUCUGCCUUCGUAUCGUUAGCGCUCAUCGUGUUUUCAAUAUUAGCGAAGGCCAUUGGAUAUUCUGGAACAUUCUUACUGAACGCUGUAAUAAUGUCAACAAGUCUAGUAUUUAUAAAGUUCAAACUACCAGAGACUAAAGGAAGAACGCUACAAGAGAUUGAAGCGUUCUUUAAGACUAAUAUAUUUGAUAUUGACGAAGCGUUGAAUGAUGAGAAGAAAAAUAUGCUGUUAUAAACAAUUUAAUUUAAAUUGAAAUUGCAAUGAAAAACCUAGCUUCAUGUAUGUACAUAAUAUUAUUAUAUUUAUCCAAUUGAUAUGUUUAUUGCCUUUCAGUAAUAUAGAUGUGUUUCGCGUAAUAUUGACAACACAAAGAGUUAGAACUAGAAGCGUUAGUCACUUAUCAUUAUAUUAUAUUAAUGAAUUUAAUACCGUAAAAUUGUCUACACUCUAUUGUCUACCCUUCAACCUACACCUGGGUCGCAAGUCCCAGGCACUGUUGAAGCUCCUUUCCCUGCAAUGGACCCGCACCCGCAAGGAGAAUCCAUGGAAUGAUGAGAGGUUUCGUCUCACUGAGACACUGGAAAUUGAAAUUCAAAAAGAAGGUCACCCUACAUUGUCGUCAGUACAACAACAGAUGACGUCAACUAUAUUAUUCACAAGACUAAUAGUUUUAUUGAAGUAGAAAAAUAAUAGAAUUGUCAUUAUAAUUAGUAUAGCUAUGUUUUAAUAGGAUUUAUGUUGUAUUAAGAUUAUUUGGUGUAUUUAUCUAACAUAGAAUAUAGAAUAGACUUAAUAGUCGUAGAAAAAUAUCUCGUCAAUUCAUUCUUCCCACAUAUUUUCUGCCUAUUUUCUUCUUCAA